GAACGGAAGUGUCACCUCUGGAUUUCACUGGCUCCCCUCCGCGAAGCUCUCAUUCAGCCACGAAUGAGACGUUGGAGGCACCGGCACUUCCAUUGGGCUGGCCACGCGUCCGUCUGAGAAGGGACCGACCCCCCUCCCUCCCCUCAUCCCACCUCCCUCUGCUCGGCUCGGUACGGUAGCCGAGCGGGGACCGGCUGGUUUCGCAGCGGCCGCGGGUCUCCACCCGAGAGUAUGGCGGAUGGGAGCGCGUUGGAUAGCGGGGGAGAAGCGGAGACAUGUCAGGGAGGGAAUAAGGAAACAAAGAGAGGCCAGUUCUUUCACCCAGUGCAGAUGUAGGCUUCCUCGAUCCGGGUUUCUCCGAGGCUUCGCGCUCGUUCUCUGGCGUUUUAUUUCCCCGAUCAUGGAGCAAGUUUGUUUUUUGUCAUGCACAGAGACGGGUGAGCUCAGCGGAUGAACCCCCGCUCGGUCCACGUCCUCGGGCCAGCGUUCGUGCGUCUCCCCGCUCGGUUCGGACAGCCGCGGUCCCCGCAUGCGGGGGUCCGGCCUGCCAUGGCGAUUGUCUGACUAUGAAGCCCGUGUCGGGGCAGCGAGUCUUUGUGCUCUGCCGUUGCUCGCGUUGACACCGACAUGGCACGCGGAUGCUGAGCGCCGUGAGUGCGGGAUCCUUUCUUCCUGUUCGAUUCAAUGACAGCGUCGGUUCCGCGGCGACUCGACUAAAUCCACGAUGCGCGAGUAUAAAGUGGUCGUCCUGGGCAGCGGGGGGGUCGGGAAAUCCGCCCUCACCGUGCAGUUCGUCACCGGGACGUUCAUUGAGAAGUACGACCCCACCAUAGAGGAUUUUUAUCGUAAAGAGAUCGAGGUGGACUCUUCACCGUCGGUGCUGGAGAUCCUGGACACGGCCGGGACCGAGCAGUUCGCCUCCAUGCGGGACUUGUACAUCAAAAACGGCCAAGGGUUCAUUCUGGUGUACAGCCUGGUCAACCAGCAGAGCUUCCAGGACAUAAAGCCCAUGAGGGAUCAGAUCAUUAGAGUGAAAAGGUACGAGAAGGUUCCCGUGAUCCUGGUGGGCAACAAGGUGGACCUGGAAAGUGAGCGGGAGGUGUCGUCCGGUGAAGGUCAGGCUCUGGCUGAGGAGUGGGGCUGUCCGUUCAUGGAGACCUCGGCCAAGAGCAAAACUAUGGUAGAUGAACUCUUUGCCGAGAUCGUUCGGCAGAUGGACUACGCUGCCCAGCCGGACAAAGAUGAUCCCUGCUGCUCCUCGUGCAAUAUACAAUAGCCCCGGGGGCCUCUGGGAAACAAGCCUGGAAACAAAAAAAUGUGUGCUGAGAGAAAGCACCCCUCUUGUGUAGGAAAUACACACACUAAGACAAACAAAUGCCAACAAAACUGAGUGAAAGGUAGUGGUUAAACACAGUGGAUUUGAAUUCAUAGCAGCAUUAAAGUUGCAGUAAAAGCUGAAUGGAGAAUGCCAGGAAUUUGCCACAAGAGAAUUUGAUGCAUAACAAAAAGGAACAUACCCUCGCCUUAUGUCACCAUCUUCUAUUGUUUGUUUUUGUCUUUCCACCUGUAGAGACAUGAAUCGUCAGCAAAGAAUUAGACCUUUUGGGCUGAUGAACUGCUUGUUCUGAGUAUUAUCAUUUUGUGUACUUCCACACGCAGCACUGAUAAGCAUUUCUUGUUACCAUGUUUGCAUUUCCACAACACUCCAAAUCCAGCAGAGCUUUCUAAGGAACCAGUGCUUUUAAAUAGGAGUCUUUGAUUUUCUGUGUCUAGAGUUUCUCUCUCAGUCUAGCUUUUGUAGGUACUGAUGGAAGAUGUUUGUUUUUUUUCCUAAUCACAGGGCUGAACCAAAGAGGUGAUUCCCAUUUUUUCAGUCAUUCAGAGUGGCAAUGGAAAGAAAAUAACUCCUGCGGCAUCUUUAAAGUCAUCUCAUUGCAAUUUUUCUCAUUUCGGGUCCUUAGGCAUAGCAGAGUCUUUCACGCACUGUGUGAUUUUUUCUGUUUGUUUGUUUGUGCCCUUGGUCAGAUUACUUCUUAGCAUAUUGCAUUCUGGUUGAACAAAAGUAUUUUAUAGUAUUUGAAUACCUUCUUCAAGCUCCGUUCAGGAAGGGGUGACCUUUAAAACGAAGACGCAGACUUCUGUCAUACUUCUUACUUUCUUUCUCUCCUCGGAUAUUAAUGCGGUAAGUGGCACUUAAGAGUUUCAGUAUCUCAACGCCAUACUUAUUGCUAAGAGUAUUCAAAAAUCUAGUAAUAAAUAUUAAUGAGGAAAGUGAUGGUAGUGUAAAUAUUUGAUACAGAAAGUGCCAGCUCAUUUGAAGACAUUGACUUGAUACACAUGGAAUCGUGGAACUGUAUGCAUGGCUAGUAAACAAAAAAAAAGGACUAGUAGCGAUCAGUAAAAGGCAGUGGAAAUGAGUAAACCAAACACACACAAGCAUCUGGAUCUGAACACUGUACAUCUCUGAAGGCACGGGAGCCAGACCUUCCCCGUGUUACCAUUUCCAUGGUUGAUUUUCUAUUUUUUUAUGUGACCAUUGACUCGUUAUUCCUCUAAUGAAUGGUGACACUGUUACAUUUGACACCUAAACAAUAAAAGUGCGUUCAACACUCGA